AUGAAAUUAAAAGCAUCAGAUGAGAAAAUUGUAAUUGAAAAAAGUGAAAAGAGUGAUGUGAAUACUCGAAUGGGAAUCAAAACAAUCAAAGAUGAGAUCAAUAUUACGUUACUGUUGAAAGAAGAGGACGAAGAAGCCGCUUCACUUAUCGAUGGCGUAUCACAAAGUGACGAUACGCUACAAAAAUUAGAUGAAUUGAAAUAA